AUGCAGCUCCGGUUGCCCCCCAGCCUGCACUAUCCCAUCACCGUGACUUCGCUCCUCAAGCAGGAAGGGGACACGGUGGAGCGGGAUGAGGCUAUCUUUUGGUACAUUUACCAGACUACUGUGGAGGAGGGCGAUGGGCUGGGAAACCAGGUGAUGGUGAAGCGCAAGUUUCCCACACGUUUUGAGUCACCCGUAGAUGGGACGGUUGUGAAAUGGAAUAUCGCUAAGGGCGAUGUUAUCGAUGAACCUGUGGAUGUUGUCGAAGUCGAGGAGCCUUGUGCGCAUGAGGUCCAGUUCGGUGGGAUGUGCGCUGAGUGUGGCAAGGAUAUGACUGAAUCGACUUACAACACCGAGAUCUCGGAGACCUUCCGCGCUCCCAUCCAGAUGACCCAUGAUAACACUACACUGACCGUCAGUGAGAAGGAGGCCACUCGUGUCGAGGAGGAUGCUAAACGUCGUCUUUUGGCAUCCCGGCGUCUGUCGCUGGUGGUUGAUCUGGAUCAGACCAUCAUCCAUGCCACCGUUGAUCCGACAGUCGGAGAGUGGAAGGAUGAUAAGGAUAAUCCUAAUUAUGAGGCGUUGAAGGACGUUCGGUCUUUCCAAUUGGUUGAUGAUACCCCCGGGGCGCGCGGAUGCUGGUAUUACAUCAAGCUUCGACCUGGGCUGGAGGAAUUCCUGGAGAAAGUCGCCGAGCUCUUUGAAUUACACAUUUACACCAUGGGCACUCGAGCAUAUGCCCAAAACAUUGCCGAUCUCAUUGACCCAACGCGCAAACUCUUUGGAGACCGCAUUCUGAGCCGUGACGAGAGCGGAAGCUUGACGGCCAAGAACUUACAGCGGCUCUUCCCGGUGGACACCAAGAUGGUGGUCAUUAUCGAUGACCGCGGUGACGUGUGGCGAUGGAUCCCCAAUCUGAUCAAGGUCGUCCCUUAUGACUUCUUUGUCGGAAUUGGCGAUAUCAAUUCCAGCUUCUUGCCCAAAAAGCAAGAAAUCGCGGCGACGCCCAAAUCGAGUAGAGGAUCGAAAGAAAAGGGAAAGGAAAAGGACUUGCACGAGCACCAUGUCAACGGUGCAACGAUGAAGACAGGCUUGGAGACGGAGGUCUCGGCUUUGGAACAAUUGGUGACGAUGGGUGGGGGAGAUGAUCCCAGACUCCUGCAGGAGCAGACCGACGCACAGGAGGAAACACUCAUGCACCAAGUCGAAGAUCGUCCUUUGCUGCAGAAACAAAAAGAACUGGAUGCAGAUGACGAUGCAUCUGCUGAUGGCAGCGAAUCGUCUUCCAGUGGGGAUGAGUCGCAGGAGACAGCCAAGCCUCGACACCACCUACUGGUAGACCAUGACAUGGAGCUUUUCCCAACUUCAAGAGCGCCUGGAGGCGCCGCCCUCCGCGGCGAGAAAGCUGCCUCAAAGGACAAGGACGUGGACUUGAAACUAGUGCCCGAUAUUAAGGACAUUAUGCCCUUGUACAAAGCCCAAGUACUUGGUGGUGCGGUGAUUGUUUUCUCCGGCGUCAUUCCGCUAGGUCAAGACCUCCAGAACGCAGAAGUCUCUCUCUGGGCAAAGACAUUCGGCGUAGUCAUCCUGAAAAAUAUCGGCAAACGCGUAACCCACCUCGUCGCUGGCCGCAAUCGCACAGCCAAAGUGCGGGAAGCCACGCGCUGGCCAAAUAUCAAGAUCGUCACGACGCAAUGGCUCUACGACUCUCUCAUUAACUGGAAACACUUGGACGAGGAUCCUUACCUGUUGCCCGUCCACCCAGAUGACCGUGGCGAGCCUCUUUCACCCAGUUCUCGCGAUCUUAUCGACAACUCGUGGAUCUCCUCUUCAGACGAAGCCACGAAUGUGACCGAUGACGACGCUAGCGACGAGAUGUUCAAGGACGCCGGACUGACCGAGGCUUCCCCGCUCAGCUAUGACGAAGACGAUCAAGCAGCGGUGCACGACGAACUAAAGGAGUUCCUGGGCAGCGACGACGAAAGCGAGAGCGACAGCGAGGCCUGGGCAGAGGACGCAACCGAACCAAGCCGGAAACGCAAACGCGGCGAAGAAAACGAUGGCAACGAGGACGACGAGUCCACCGAUGAAGACAACGAUGACGCUGAUACCAAGGGCUCGCGUCUUUCACAACGUAUCAAGCGGUCAUACGAGCGGAGCACUGGUCUUAGGGAGGUUGCUACCGCUGGAGGCUCGGAGACGGAAGAAACUCGCUUUGAGAAAGGACAAUUCCCCGCUCCAGAUGAUGACGACGAGGGAGAAGAGUUUGGCGCUGCUGUCGGUGAACAAGAGACGCAAUCUGACACGGCCGUUGACGAAUCAGAUGCGGAUGACUUUGAGCGCGAGAUGAUGGCUGCAUUUGAUGAUCCGGAUUACAGCAAAGAAGCCGGUGCCGAUGAGGCCUCUGCCGAAUAA